UCUCUCUCUCUCACACACACACACUUAGAUCCCCCCCUCCCCUCCCCUCCCCUCCCCGCAAAAUAAUUAAAUUAAAAAGAAAAAAAGAAAAAUGCAGCAGCACACACAACUCAGCCUUGUGACUCAUCUCUCUCUGUUCUUUAUCUUGUUCUCAUCUCUCAAUGUUGCUCUCACCGCCGCCGGUAGAAACCUCGGCGCAGUGGAGAACCCAUUUUCGCCCAAGGCCUACUUGGCUCGUUACUGGAACAAAGAGGUCCGAAACGAUGCGGAGAAGCCGUCGUUUUUGCUGUCAAAGGCCUCCCCAUUGACCGCGGUGGACUCGGCGGCGUUUGCGAAGCUCGCCUCCCAGAACGGUCUCUCAAGCAAGCUACCGGAGUUCUGUGCUUCGGCGAACCUCCUCUGCUUCUCCGAUUUGGGUCAGAGCCUCGAAAAGCACGACAAGGACUCUACUUUCACGACCUACGCGGCCAAAAACUUCACCAAUUAUGGUACGGAUCGACUCGCCGGAGUCGACUCGUUCAAGAACUACUCGAUAGACGAGAAUCUCCCAGUCGACUCGUUCAGGCGCUACAGCCGCGACUCGGUCAACCACAAGGAUCAGUUCACCAACUACGCCUCCGGCGGCAACGUCGUGGACCAGAGCUUCAACAGCUACGCCGGCGGAGCAACCAGCGGAACCGGCGAGUUCAAGAAGUACGCCGAUUCGGUGAACGUUCCCAACCUCCGAUUCAACUCGUACUCGGACGAUUCCAAUGGGCGGGCCCAGUCGUUCACGAGCUACACUGAGAACGGCAACGCUGGCGACCAAUCGUUCACUAGCUACUCCAAAAAUGGCAAUGGGGCCCCGAACGAGUUCACGGGCUACGGCACCAGCUCCAAUGUCGUCGGGUCCGGGUUCACGGGUUACGGCGAGACCGGAAACGGCGCCAACGACAAGUUCAACAAUUACGGAAAAGACAUGAACAAUCCAGUGAACAGGUUCAAGAGCUACGGAGAUGGCGGCAAUGCUGCGGUAGAGACUUUCACCAGCUACAGAGACAAGGCCAAUGUGGGCGAAGAUUCGUUUCAGUCAUACGCCAAGAACUCCAACGGUGAGAAGAUCAAUUUUGCAAAUUACGGCAAGUCGUUCAAUGUCGGGUUCGAUAAGUUCACCGGGUACGGUAAGGGAGCCCAGGGACAGUCCAUUGGGUUCAAGAUCUACGGUGUGAACAAUUCUUUCUCAGAUUAUGCAAAGAAGGAGAGCAUAUCUUUCAAAAGCUACACCAAGGCCAGCUCUGGCAAGGGUACAACAAUGGCGGCCAGUGGUAGUCUCGUAAAAAGGUGGGUUGAGCCGGGCAAGUUCUUCCGGGAGUCUAUGCUCAAGAAGGGGGUUGUGAUGCCCAUGCCUGACAUUCAAGAUAAAAUGCCCAAAAGGUCGUUUUUGCCCCGGGCCAUUUCCUCCAAAUUACCAUUUGCCACUUCCAAAAUCGCGGAGCUGAAGCAAAUCUUCCACGCGGAUGAUAACUCCACGAUGGAGAAGAUCAUUCUGGACGCCUUGCAGGAGUGCGAACGAGCUCCCAGCGCCGGCGAGACAAAACGAUGCGUUGGGUCCGCCGAGGACAUGAUCGACUUUGCCACCACAGUCCUCGGCCGGAACGUCGUCGUUCGCAGCACCGAGAACGUGAACGGAGCGAAGCACAACGUGAUGAUCGGAUCAGUCAAAGGAAUCAACGGCGGCAAGGUCACGCAGUCUGUGUCUUGCCACCAGAGCUUGUUCCCCUACCUACUCUAUUACUGCCACUCUGUUCCUAAAGUCCGGGUUUAUGAAGCGGAUCUCUUGGAUCCGCUUUCGAAGGCCAAGAUCAACCACGGUGUUGCCAUUUGUCAUCUGGACACAUCUGCUUGGAGCCCGACUCAUGGAUCUUUUAUGGCUCUGGGUUCGGGUCCAGGUCGGAUCGAGGUGUGCCACUGGAUCUUCCAGAAUGAUAUGACUUGGGCAAUUGCUGAUUGAUGAUGAGAAAGAGUUAGUUGUUUGGGUAAUUUGGGUUCGAACCUGAGGCCAAAAAAAGUUAGCCUUUGGCUCGAGCUCGAGUUAGUUCAUUUUUAAUUAAUUAUAUUAAGUAUGUAAUAA